UCUUUACUGAGCUGCUAAAGUGCACUGUCAGCUUUACCAACGCACUUGGAGCUUCCAAGGAGUCGACCAAAUGCUAGAAUUCGUCGAGAGCGGCUGCUUUCUUCGAUCCUCACCAUUACCAGUUUAUAUACCUGGAAGUUUUAUAUGCAGAAAUGGCAGCACACUGACCAACAUGAUACUGAGGUCACUACGAAGAUCAUCGACUGCAUGCCUGCUCUCUGAAACCUAGGCUACCCAGAAUUCUCUGUAUUCCGAUUCUUCGAAAGAUCUUCAAAGUUUUGAAUUCUGACGACGAACGAUCUUCCUUUGCAUGCUACCUUGCUUUGUGGAUUCUUGAGAAGGAAAAAAAUGGAUUUUUUUCUUGAAAUUCUGCGAUGUCUCUUGUGCUGCAACGAAGAUGAUGUCAACCGUCAUCACUAUGUAACUCUAGAUAGGAGCCCUUCUCCUUCACUGAGUUAUUUCACAAACACUGAUCACACCACAAUACGUCCUCCUUCACCACUAUCUUAUCCAUCCAGAGUUAUUAAUCAGCAACGCAUCAACAGCUCAUUGGAAAGUUCUUACCGUGUUUCUCAGGUGCCAAAAAAUUCAACAUCUCCUUUGACUGACCUACCUGAUCUGCAUUCUUCCAAGUCCUCAUCAUCUUCCUUCACAUCACCUCCAACCUCCUCUGCGACUACGCCUCCAUCUUCCUGCAAGUCAUCUCCAUGGUUACCUAAUCCACUUCCAGACUCCUCUAGACCAUCACUGUCUUCCUCUAAGCCGUCCCAGUGUUCCUCUGUAAAGCCUCCAUCUUCUUCCAAGCCCUCUCCAUCUUCCUUUGAACCACCUCAAUCUUCAUCCAAGCCGCCUCUGUCCUCUUGUGACCCACUUCCACCUUUGUCUAAGCUACCUUCAGCCUCCUCUGGGGUGCCUCCAUCUCCCUCGAAGGAACAUCUGUCCUCCUCUAGACCACCCCAAUUUUCAUCCAGACCACCUCUGACUUCAUCUGGGGUUCUUUCAUCUCCCUCUAAGUUGUCUCCAUGUUCCUCUGGGCAACAUCAUUCUUCCUCCAAGGCUUCUCCAUCCUCCUCUGGGCCACCUCCAUCUUCCUUUGAGCGGCCUCCAAUUUCAUCUAGGCUGACUUCCUCUCCCUCUAAGUCAUCUUCAUUUUCCUCUGGGCCACUUCAAUCUUCCACUAAGUCGCUUUCAUCCUCCACUGGUCCAUCUCCAACCUCGUCUUUGUCUUCCACUGUGCUACCUUCCUCCAAGCCAUCUUCAUGUUCCUCUGGAUCACUACAAUCUUUCACCAAGUCGCUUCCAUCCUCCACUGGGCCAUCUCCAACCUUGUCAUCAUCGUCUUCCACUGUGCUACCUUCCUGCAAGCCAUCUUCAUGUUCCUCUGGGUCACUACAAUCUUUCACCAAGUCGCUUCCAUCCUCCACUGGGCCAUCUCCAACCUUGUCAUCAUCGUCUUCCACUGUGCUACCUCAAAUCUCCAAACUUCCUCCAGUUUUCUCUAAGUCAACAUUUUCUCCAACUCCAUCAGACCUACCAAAACAACCCACAAAGCAAAUUUGGGUAAAGAAGCAUAACAUACCUAUUUAUGCAAUUCCUGAGGAUUUCAAGGAUUUGAUCGAGAAGGACAUUGUACCUGGAGUUCUCAAGAAACCUUUAUCUCCGUCAACCUAUAAAGACUAUUUUGCUGCUUUGCUUUAUGCUGAGGACUUCUACGUUGAGAAGUGGAAAGAGAAAUGGAAGGAUUUCCAUUUGCCUAAUGUCACUCUGAAAUUGCAUAAAGGAGAGAUCAAGAAGAAGCGAGAAGCAAUCAAGAAAAAGAAAAGUGACAAAAAGAUAUUUGUAGAAUUCCAAAUUGAUUUGGACCCCAAGCAUCGACCAUUCUUUUUAUCAAGGGACUAUGUCUAUGUACGGCCUUCAGGAAAGGAAGUUCAAUUUCAGGGGAUUAUUUAUGCUGUGAGGCAAAGAAACCUCAUAAUUGCUGAAUUUGGAGGUGAUUUUCUUUCUCAACAUACAUGGAACUGCAAGCAUAAUGUUACCUUCGAAUUGAAUAGAUUCUGCUUAAAACGGGCUCACCAAGCAGUUGAGGCAUCAUAUGAUCCUUUUUUCUGGAGCUUUCUCUUCCCUGAUGAAGUAUCUAAAGUCAGCAUCCCUGCCUCACUUGGCAUCUCUUCUGAUCAAAAUCUCAAACUUCAAGAGAUCUUGUUAGCACAGACGAUAUCACGGUUGCUCAGUGGCUCACGGCUUCAUCUCAUUGAGGGCCAACUCUCUGUAGAUCCCCAUCAUGAUACACUAUCAACAACUGGAGUGGUUAUUAAGAAAUUGAUCAUCCAACUUUACCAAACUUCUCCAGACUGUAGGAUCCUCGUAAGCACAUCCAGGAAUAGAGCAUGCGAUUUGUUGCUCGGAAGCUUGAUGAAGGAGAUUCCUAAGUCCCACAUGUUCAGAGGAAAUGCUACAUUUAGAGGUUAUGACGAUGUACUUGAUGAUAUCCUCCCUUUGUGCUCUUACGAAGAGGAGGAGGAGUUAUUUACUUGGCCUUCAGUUGAGGAGCUCCAGAAUUUUAAAGUGAUAAUUUCAACCUAUAUUACUAGCGCCCGGCUCCAUGAGCACGGAAUAUGUGCUGGCCAUUUUAGUCAUAUUUUUCUGGUGGAUGCUUCUUCAGUGACUGAACCAGAGGCAAUAGUGUCUCUUGUCAAUCUGGCUGACAAUAGAACAUGUGUCAUAGUGACUGGUGCUUUAGGGAACUGUUCAAGGUUUGUACGCUCUGAAAUUGGUAGGGCUAAUGGACUGAAGGUAUCGUAUUUUCAGAGACUUCUUAAAAGAGAGCCAUACCAGACACUCAAUCCUAUUUACAAAGAUUCAGAAGUGCAUCAUGACUCAACUGUGGACAAGGAAUCAAUAAAGCGUAUGGUGAAGAUAAGUAAGAUAUUGGGCUUUCCAUUUACAGGUGGAGAUCGAGGAGCUGGGGAGUUUUUUACAAGGCUGGUGGAAAGGGAUCAUCUAAAAGCAACUUGGGAAGACUGACAUGGCUGGGGAGGAAAGAGACUGGUGGUUUAUAUACUGUUUUAUACUCGAUCUUCAGUGAAUUAUCAUCUGUGUACUAUGUAUUCUGGUUCUGAGUUAUUGCUUUUUUCUACAUUUUCUAUGAUUUUAGUCCUUUGGAGAGGCAGUCCAAAAACCAGACCAUUUCUCGGGCUGACCAUCAUUAGAAUUUAGAAUUCAGCUUUGGGUAUGAGAGUGGCUGACUCAUGAAAGGUUGGACAAGAUGUGAUUCAAAUCAAUAAAUCUGUAAAUAGUUCUCAA